CGCCCUCCGCCCCCAGCCUCCCGGCGCCGCGGUAGCUCUGGGCAGGCAGCGCCGCCGCCGCCGCCGCCGCCGCCGCCGCUUCCUCCUCUGCAGCCGUUCGGCCGCUGCGUGACGCGUCGUUUCCUCCCAACAUGGCGGCCGGGGCAGGUCGGCGGUGAUGGAGGCCAGUUCGCGGCCGCGGCGGGUGCUAAUCCCCACAGUAGGCAGGGUAGCCCUCCUCUCGCGGUGCCUGUGAGAGCCGCCGCCACCUAGUCCCUCAGUUCCCGGCAGACAGCCGCCCAGGCCGGCUCCGUUACCGCCGCCAGGGCCGGAGGGACGAGUGAGAGGGGCGGCCGGGACGCGACCCCCGGGCCGGGAGAAGCUGAGGCCCGACGGGCGCGGCCCUCGAGGUACGGCUUCUCGGGCGCGGCGAGGACCUCGACGCCCCUCGGCGGCACCGCGGCUAGUCUCGCUCGCCCGCCCCUUCCUGAUCCUGCCGCUGCCCUCCACGCCUCCACUCCCCCACCUCCACCCCCUCUCCUUUCUCUCUUCUCUUCCUUCUUCUCCUCCUCCUUCCCUCCAGCCGCUGGGAGCCGCGGGUCGGACGAGCCGCCGCCUCCUUCUCUGCGUCCAUGUAUGAGGGGAAGAAGACGAAGAACAUGUUCCUGACCCGGGCCCUGGAGAAGAUACUGGCCGACAAGGAAGUGAAGAAGGCGCAUCACUCCCAGCUGCGCAAAGCUUGCGAGGUGGCGUUAGAGGAAAUAAAAGCAGAAACUGAAAAACAGAGUCCUCCUCAUGGAGAAGCAAAAGCUGGAUCAAGCACCCUUCCACCAGUGAAAUCAAAGACAAAUUUUAUUGAAGCAGACAAGUACUUCUUGCCUUUUGAGUUGGCAUGCCAGUCCAAAUGUCCCCGCAUAGUUAGUACAUCUCUAGAUUGCUUACAGAAACUUAUUGCUUAUGGGCACUUGACUGGCAAUGCUCCAGAUAGUACAACACCAGGCAAAAAAUUAAUUGAUAGAAUUAUUGAAACAAUAUGUGGCUGCUUUCAGGGCCCUCAGACAGAUGAAGGAGUUCAGCUGCAGAUAAUAAAGGCUUUACUUACUGCAGUAACAUCACAACACAUAGAAAUUCAUGAAGGGACUGUACUGCAAGCUGUGAGAACAUGUUACAAUAUCUACUUAGCAAGCAAAAAUCUCAUCAAUCAGACAACAGCCAAAGCUACUCUCACUCAGAUGCUAAAUGUUAUCUUUGCACGCAUGGAAAACCAAGCAUUACAGGAAGCAAAACAAAUGGAAAAAGAAAGGCAUCGGCAGCAGCAGCAUCUGUUACAGUCUCCAGUAAGCCAUCAUGAGCCUGAAUCACCUCAACUUAGAUAUUUGCCACCUCAGACUGUUGAUCACAUAUCCCAAGAACACGAAAGGGACCUUGACCUCCAUACAAAUGAUGUAGAUAAAAGUCUUCAGGAUGACACAGAACCUGAAAAUGGAUCUGAUAUUUCCAGUGCAGAAAAUGAACAGACUGAAGCUGAUCAGGCAACUGCAGCUGAAACAUUAUCUAAAAAUGACAUGUUAUAUGAUGGAGAAAACCAUGAUUGUGAGGAAAAGCCACAAGACAUUGUACAGAACAUUGUAGAAGAAAUGGUGAACAUUGUUGUUGGAGAUAUGGGAGAAGGGACUGCUAUAAAUGCAAGCGCAGAUGGCAACAUUGGAACGAUAGAGGAUGGUAGUGACAGUGAAAAUAUUCAAGCAAAUGGAAUUCCAGGAACACCAAUUUCUGUUGCAUAUACACCAUCCUUACCUGAUGAUAGAUUGUCAGUCUCUUCCAAUGAUACUCAGGAAUCUGGAAAUUCUUCAGGACCUUCACCUGGUGCUAAGUUUUCCCAUAUUUUACAAAAGGAUGCCUUUCUAGUAUUCAGGUCAUUGUGUAAACUGUCAAUGAAACCACUGUCAGAUGGACCGCCAGAUCCAAAGUCUCAUGAACUCCGAUCCAAGAUCCUUUCAUUGCAGUUACUUCUAUCCAUUCUGCAGAAUGCAGGACCUGUUUUCAGGACAAAUGAGAUGUUUAUUAAUGCUAUUAAGCAGUAUCUUUGUGUUGCACUCUCAAAAAAUGGAGUCUCUUCUGUUCCAGAGGUUUUCGAGCUUUCUCUUUCUAUAUUUCUUACUUUGUUGUCAAAUUUCAAAACACAUCUGAAGAUGCAAAUUGAGGUGUUCUUUAAAGAAAUUUUCUUAUACAUUUUGGAAACUUCUACCAGCUCAUUUGAUCACAAAUGGAUGGUUAUUCAAACACUGACGAGGAUUUGUGCAGAUGCUCAGAGUGUAGUGGAUAUUUAUGUAAACUAUGACUGUGACUUAAAUGCGGCCAAUAUAUUUGAAAGGCUAGUAAAUGAUCUAUCAAAAAUUGCUCAAGGAAGGGGCAGUCAAGAACUUGGUAUGAGUAAUGUUCAGGAAUUGAGCCUGAGGAAAAAAGGUUUAGAAUGCUUAGUGUCGAUUUUGAAGUGUAUGGUUGAAUGGAGUAAGGAUCAGUAUGUGAAUCCCAACUCUCAGACAACUCUUGGUCAGGAAAAACCCUCAGAGCAAGAGAUGAGUGAAAUCAAACACCCUGAGACAAUAAACAGAUAUGGAAGUUUAAAUUCUCUGGAGUCAACAUCAUCAUCAGGAAUAGGCAGCUACAGUACACAGAUGUCUGGCACCGAUAAUCCAGAACAAUUUGAGGUCCUAAAGCAACAAAAAGAAAUAAUAGAACAAGGGAUAGAUUUAUUUAAUAAGAAACCAAAGAGAGGAAUACAGUACCUCCAAGAACAAGGGAUGCUUGGCACCACACCUGAAGAUAUUGCCCAAUUCUUACAUCAAGAGGAAAGAUUAGACUCUACUCAAGUGGGUGAGUUCCUGGGAGAUAAUGAUAAAUUUAACAAAGAAGUCAUGUAUGCAUAUGUGGACCAACAUGACUUUUCAGGAAAAGACUUCGUUUCAGCCCUUCGUAUGUUUCUAGAAGGAUUUCGUCUUCCAGGGGAAGCUCAGAAAAUCGAUCGAUUAAUGGAAAAAUUUGCUGCAAGAUACCUAGAAUGCAACCAAGGACAAACUCUCUUUGCUAGUGCGGAUACUGCUUAUGUUUUGGCUUAUUCAAUUAUCAUGUUGACCACAGACCUUCACAGUCCACAGGUGAAAAAUAAAAUGACAAAGGAACAGUACAUUAAGAUGAAUAGAGGUAUCAAUGACAGUAAAGACCUUCCUGAAGAGUAUCUAUCAGCCAUCUAUAAUGAAAUAGCUGGGAAAAAGAUAUCAAUGAAAGAAACAAAAGAACUAACAAUCCCUACAAAAUCAAGUAAACAAAAUGUAGCCAGUGAAAAACAAAGAAGACUUCUGUAUAACUUAGAAAUGGAGCAGAUGGCCAAGACAGCUAAAGCACUCAUGGAGGCCGUGAGCCAUGUUCAGGCACCUUUUACAAGUGCAACACAUUUGGAGCAUGUGAGGCCCAUGUUUAAGUUGGCUUGGACACCUUUUCUGGCUGCAUUCAGUGUGGGUCUACAAGAUUGUGAUGAUACUGAAGUAGCCUCUCUUUGCCUGGAAGGUAUAAGAUGUGCAAUCAGAAUUGCAUGCAUUUUCAGCAUUCAGCUGGAGAGAGAUGCAUAUGUCCAGGCACUGGCAAGAUUUACCUUACUCACAGUGAGUUCCGGUAUUACUGAAAUGAAACAGAAGAACAUUGACACAAUAAAAACACUUAUCACAGUGGCUCAUACAGAUGGAAAUUAUUUAGGAAAUUCGUGGCAUGAGAUUCUGAAGUGCAUCAGUCAGUUGGAGCUGGCACAGCUUAUAGGAACUGGAGUGAAACCUCGAUACAUUUCUGGAACAGUGCGAGGCAGAGAAGGAUCUCUUACUGGAACAAAAGAUCAGGCUCCUGAUGAAUUUGUGGGUUUAGGGCUAGUUGGAGGAAAUGUGGACUGGAAACAGAUAGCAAGUAUUCAGGAAUCCAUUGGAGAAACCAGUUCUCAGAGUGUUGUUGUUGCUGUAGAUAGAAUAUUCACAGGAUCUACAAGGCUAGAUGGAAAUGCUAUUGUGGAUUUUGUCCGUUGGCUCUGUGCUGUGUCUAUGGAUGAAUUACUUUCCACGACACACCCAAGAAUGUUUAGUCUACAAAAAAUAGUAGAAAUAUCAUAUUACAACAUGGGAAGAAUAAGAUUGCAGUGGUCUCGAAUUUGGGAAGUUAUUGGAGAUCAUUUUAAUAAGGUUGGGUGUAAUCCUAAUGAAGAUGUAGCUAUUUUUGCAGUAGACUCCUUGAGGCAGUUGUCAAUGAAGUUCUUAGAGAAAGGGGAGCUUGCUAAUUUCAGAUUCCAGAAAGAUUUCUUAAGACCUUUUGAACAUAUAAUGAAACGGAACAGGUCUCCAACAAUUCGAGAUAUGGUUGUACGGUGUAUAGCACAGAUGGUUAAUUCUCAAGCUGCUAACAUUCGAUCUGGAUGGAAGAACAUUUUCUCUGUAUUUCAUCUAGCUGCAUCUGAUCAAGAUGAAAGCAUAGUGGAACUUGCAUUCCAAACAACUGGGCACAUUGUCACCCUUGUAUUUGAAAAACACUUUCCAGCGACCAUUGAUUCUUUCCAGGAUGCCGUGAAGUGUUUGUCUGAAUUUGCGUGCAAUGCAGCUUUCCCAGACACAAGUAUGGAAGCAAUUCGACUUAUUCGCCAUUGUGCAAAAUAUGUGUCUGAUAGACCUCAGGCUUUCAAGGAAUACACAAGCGAUGAUAUGAAUGUGGCACCUGAAGACAGGGUGUGGGUGAGAGGAUGGUUCCCAAUUCUCUUUGAGUUAUCCUGUAUCAUCAAUAGAUGCAAAUUAGAUGUAAGAACCAGGGGUUUAACAGUAAUGUUUGAAAUAAUGAAAACAUAUGGCCACACUUAUGAGAAACACUGGUGGCAGGAUUUAUUUAGAAUUGUUUUCCGAAUCUUUGACAAUAUGAAAUUGCCAGAACAACAGACAGAGAAAGCUGAAUGGAUGACAACAACUUGCAAUCAUGCACUUUAUGCAAUCUGUGAUGUAUUCACUCAGUAUUUAGAAGUACUCAGUGAUGUACUUUUGGAUGAUAUUUUUGCUCAGCUCUACUGGUGUGUGCAGCAAGACAAUGAGCAGUUAGCACGAUCUGGUACAAACUGUUUAGAGAAUGUUGUUAUUCUGAAUGGUGAAAAAUUUACCCUAGAAAUCUGGGAUAAAACUUGCAACUGCACACUGGAUAUCUUCAAAACCACAAUCCCACAUGCGCUCUUGACCUGGCGGCCCACUUCUGGAGAAACUGCCCCCCCACCUCCAUCUCCUGUAAGUGAAAAGCCAUUGGAUACAAUAUCACAGAAGUCUGUAGAUAUUCAUGAUUCUGUUCAACCAAGGUCUGUGGAUAACAGACCGCAAGCACCACUGGUUUCUGCCUCUGCUGUUAAUGAAGAAGUCAGCAAAAUUAAAUCUACAGCAAGAUUCAAAGGCAAAUCCAAGCCCAACCUUCUCAAGCUUUUUUUUAGCAGCCUGGCCUGUGGGCUGCGCAUUCUAUUCCGGAUGUACAUGGAUGAGAGCCGCGUUAGUGCCUGGGAGGAGGUCCAGCAGAGGCUUUUGAAUGUCUGCAGUGAAGCGCUAAGUUACUUCCUCACUCUAACAUCAGAAAGUUUUUUUUAAGCCUGGACUAACUUACUGCUUUUGUUUCUAACUAAAGUUCUAAAGAUAUUUUUUUUUAGGGUAAGUAUGAGGCUUCGAAUCCAGCCCAACAGUUCUAGCCCGAUUCGCGUCGGGAUGCCGGGUCCCAGAGUCGCCGUGCAAGAGCUCUCAGAGCCGAAUCAAGCUUUUUUUUGGCUGCACUGCUGCUUGUGCAAAACCACCAGUGGCCUUGCUGUAUCUUCCUUUUUUUUCGCUUUUCUCCCUCUUACCCAGCUUUGUUCACUAAUUAGCAGUUCUCUAGGGGAUUCAGUAGGUGAGGGAUCAGAAUCCCUUGGGAUACCUCGACAAGUUCCUGGGUUUUUUUUUUAUUGAAAUUCCCAUUGUGACCCCAGGAGUCUCUCCCUUUUCCCCAUUUUGUUUUUUUUUGUCCAACUACCUCAUGACCUUGCACUCUGCCUGCUACUCAAGAAUACAUCUGGUUCCUGGGCCUGUGCUCCGGGCUGCAGCUGUUCCUUUGGCAUAUUUAGUGGUUCUUUUUUUUCCAGAGUCCCUAGUGAAUGGGUCUCAUAUAAGAAUUUUGAACCAGUAGAAUUUUUUUUAAAAUACACACAUGACUGUAAAUAUAAGUGCAUAUUUAAAGGUUUUCAAAAAUGUACAUUCUACUCUUACAAAAAAAUAGCAACUUACAGCUCACACAUAAGGUAACAUUUUUUUUUGCUGUGACCCUAGAAUAGGUUUAAAAAUGCCUAGUGAUGUGGCCCAGUACUUGAAAGGCCAAGGGUUCUAAACCCCAGCCUCUGUUACUCCACAGCUGACUUUUUUUGCCAUAACAUGUCUCACUGCUUCUCUGGAUCUGGAGGGGCACAGGGGUAGGAAAGGAGGCUGCAGACUAGAGUUCAGAGAUGAAGGAACUACUGUGAAGAUACAGCCGAAGUAUAGUUUUUUUUCUGUACAUGUGAAACGUAUAUAGCUUUGCCUGAAGAACUGUUUAGAUUUUUUUUUUUUACUUAAAAUUUUUUAUGUAACAAAAGAUAAAAUUUCAGUAACCCAUAGCUUAUAAAAACUCAACUCUAGUUUGUACUCAGUUGUUUUCUUUUGCUUAUUGCCCAGGAAAAACAGUGCUGAAUUACUAAAAGUUUGUCAAAGAUAUACAGGCAAAUGUUUUUCAAAGUUUUUUUUUGUAAGUGAGUAGUGUUUGUAUGAAGUGAGUUUUUCUAAGUUCCACAACCUUUUUUUUCUGCCUGCUGUGGACGCUGCUUUCCUGGCUCCUGUAAUCGAGCCCCAGAGUAGUUUGACUCUAGGCAGUUUGAGGCUCUGGAGUUUGCAAUCACUGCUAAUGGAGAAAUUCAUUUUCCCUGCAGUUUAAAGCUCAUGCAUCAUUCUACUACCCUCUCUUAUGUGAAUUUUUUUUAUUUGACUUGAUUCCUGAACUUCGUGCUGUUCUUAGAAGAUUUUUUCUGCUUUUUUUUGUAGUUUUUCAGAUAUCACAACCACCUGAACAGGAACUUGGAAUAAACAAUUUUUUUUGGGAACUUAAUAUUUUUGUUGGCGUUUACAUCCCUCCGCUCUUUAAAACGUUUUUUUUGCUGAGGUUUCCUACCUGAAAAACGAUUUCUCCGGAUUGCAGUGUCUGAGAGUUACUGGUAAAGAUGCUUAGAACUCUUAUUCAAACUUUCAACACUCCAGUCCCUUUUAGUACGGGCAGAUUUUGUGUGUUAUGUUGGCCUCAUGUUGAGCAGAAAGCCUGUUUAAACAAUGUCAGCUCAUGCUCACGGGUCCCUCCCUGUCUUCCACGGCAGGAAAAGCCCCACAUGUUUUUGGCAGGUGUGGAAGUGAAACUUACCCAAAGAACUAUAGAUGUAAAGAUUUUUUUUUUACAAGAAGUACAACUCAGGAGAGCUGUAUUUUGAAGGAUAAAAUGUUUAUAAUUGGGGAGUGGGGAGAGAAGAAGAAAUUAUUGUUCAUGGUAAAAGAUAUUUAGCAUUUUUUUUAUUCUUAUUCUGAAGAUUUUUGCACACUCAGGCUAUCUGAGAUACUGGUAAUCAUCCUGUGAAAAAUGUACAGAGAUGCAGGUCUGUAAUAUAAAAAUCUUAAACAUUUUUUUUUUCUUCCUGCACUGUUUUCUUUCUUUAUUUUCUUAUUCAUUUGCUAAAUACCUUUUUUUUUUUGUCAAAUGCACUAAACAUUUGGGUGGAACUUUCUUUUUUAUUUUGUGGGGAUUUUUAGUUUGGCCCUUUUUGGUGGGUGGUGAUUUUGAGGCUUUAACAUGCCCAGAAGCUGUUGUGGCCGACACUUCAACAACAGGGAAAAAAAGGUAGAAAAUAUCCCUACUUUUUUUUACUACCUGUCACAUAUUUCUCUUAGGGCUUUUAAAGAUGAGCCAUUAAAAUUUUUUUUUCCUUUAUGGACCAAAACUUGAAUCACUGCAAAAUGAAUCCAGAUUGCUGUUUUUUUUUUUUGGGUGGUGGGGCUUGAUGUAGAUUUUACUCUAUGUACAGAAUUUAAUUUUUUUUAUAUUAAAAUAACAAAUCUGGCAUGGUUUGCGGAGGUUAGAUUUACUGGAUUUUUUUUCAUACUGUGAAUUGUGCUCUGAUGGUUAAAAGACAAGAUUGUCAAGCAUUUUUUUUUUACAGUGGAUGUAGAAAAUUUUUUCAGACGGAUAAAAUGUAUAUGGUACAGUUUUUUUUUUUUCUAUGUAAAAAAUUCUGUACAACUUUCUGUACAAUAUUGAUUCUCAUCUGGCAUAUUCUAAUCAGGUUAUAGGUCAAUAAAGUUUUUGAAAUAUUUCA